GAAUCCGCACUCAUCAAGUUCUCAAAUUCAAAGCAUUUGUACGUAGCCAACAGUAGCAAUGGUGGAGAUCUUUAGCAAGACCGUCGAGAAAAAUGAGAUUGAGGGAAGAAAAUUGAGGCUUCGGGGUCCAGAAUUUGAUAAACUUCCAACUGGGGCGUUCGAGGUUACAGAUAAUCAGAGUAGUAGAACAUGGAGCUGUUACAGAAAAUCGUCCGAUGGUCAGUACCAUCUCCAUGUUGAAGAAUGGGAUCAUUUUGUGGAAACAUUAGGCAUUGGAGAAGCUGGUAGCAGGAUCAGCCUUCACAAAGAAGUUGAUCAUUACAGCCCGGGAGCUCCGUCGUCCUACGUAUUUAAAGACUGAAAUUGAGAAAGUGGUUGUUCAUAUUCUUAUACUUGCUUUUAAGUAUUUCCUAGUUGAGUGUCUUUUUAGAGAAUAAAGAAUGUUUUUUUCA